AAUUGACUGGUCAUAAACUUUGAAAAAGCGCCAAGUCGGUGCCAAACGCGAUCUGCCGCAGCAUGUCCGACAUCUUGAACACAAUCGUGGCCGCCCAGGCGCCGCCUUCGAACCAGUGGGAGUACUUUGAGCUUGGCGUGAAGCUCACGCUUGCGCGAUGGACGGCGCUCCGCAUGGCCAUGGAAGGCGAGUGGGGCGGCGGCGACAUGAAGCGCAAGUGCGAGAUUCUCCUCGAGGAAAUCCUCCACCUCUUCAAGUACCAGAAGCAGGUGCUCUUUGACGACUUGGCCGUGAACAUUGAAGACUACAUUGAGAGCGAGUUUGGCCUCGUGUGCGAAGAUGGCAGUGUCGACGAAGUGGCCAAGGUGCUUUGCGCCUGCGCCGAAGAGUGCAAGCAGGGCCAGAUCGAGCGCAUCCGCCAGCUCAAGGAACAGUUCGAGACCUCGACGUUCGCAAUCGACCUGAAGCGCGCCAAGAUCCAGCAGGAGCAAGAGUUUCUGCAGCGCGCGGCCAUGGUCGCCGAGAACGGCGGUGAAAUGGAAGUCGACGACACGCCGGCGGUCGACGAGGACGGCUUCCAAACGAUUCGUCGCUCGACGCGCAAGAAGGCACAGCCCAAGUUUUACGAUCCUGCAGUCCAAUUCCCCGGCGCUCAGUAAACCCAAAUGUAUCUAUGCUCGCACGCGACUCUUCCAAUA